CUUUGCUCUUCCCUGCUCUAGAUUAAGCAGCAAUGGCAUUUGUGAAAAGUGGAUGGCUGCUCCGGCAAAGUACUAUUUUACGACGUUGGAAGAAGAACUGGUUUGACCUGUGGUCUGAUGGCCGUCUAAUAUUCUACGAUGAUCAGAAUCGUCACGAUUUAGAAGAUAAAGUCCACAUGCGAAUCCAUUGCAUCAACCUCAGAGUGGGGAAUGAAUGUCGAGAUUUCCAGCCUCCAGAGGGGAAGCAGAGAGACUGUUUACUGCAAAUUGUUUGUCGUGAUGGGAAGACAGUCAACCUCUGUGCAGAGAGUGCAGAUGACUGCCUGGCAUGGAAAAUGGCUCUCCAGGAUGCCAGAACAAACACGGGUUAUGUGGGAUCUGAAGUGAUGUACGAUGAGACGGCCAUUUCCUCAGCGCCUCCUCCCUAUACGGCAUAYGCUACACCGUCACCCGAGGUUUAUGGCUAUGGCUAUGACCAGUAUAGCGGUGGGUAUCCCCCCACUGGUCCUCAAGUCUUCUAUGCCUCCAAUGGACAAGCCUAUGCUGUUCCCUAUCAAUAUCCCUACCCAGGACCUUAUGGCCAGCCCCCUGCAAACCAUGUCAUCAUUCGAGAACGUUACCGCGACAGCGAUGGAGAUCUUGCACUGGGCAUGCUUGCAGGAGCAGCAACUGGAAUGGCCCUGGGAUCAUUAUUCUGGGUUUUCUAGAUUCCUUAGUUUCUUAUUGUUGUAGGUCCAGAAAUCUUUAUUUAAUUCUGCGUGCAAUAAUAUAUUGGCAAUGUUGUUUACUGUUAAACUUUAAGAAAUGCAAUAGUUAUUUUUCAGUAGUGACAUCUUAAUAACUGAUUCUUAACUGUCCUAAGGAGAGUUUAAAGGCACCAUUUAGUUGAAGUGGUUAAAGAUGGCAUGUGCUGCUCUUGAAGUCUGCUGUGAUGUUCGCAGUCUUAAGGAUUUGUACCAAUACAGAUCAAUAUUAGCACUAACAUAAUAGCAGUCACUAGGUUUAUGAACAGCUUUAUGUUUAUAAACACCCUAGAAACACUUCUUUUGUCCAAAUAUAAGGUUUAUAGGAGUCUUGCAUUAGAGUGCACAUACUAUUGCCUUCCAAAYGUUCCUCCGACAGACAUGCAGCCUCAACGUGUACUCCUCAGCACUAGGUGGACUGUCACACUUGACAUUUUUUUAGCUUAAAACCUGCCUGCAGAUGGUAGUGUAUUUUUUUUAUAUGGAGUCCUAUAUAUAUUUAUUAACACUAUCUGGGCAGAUUAGACUUUUUGAGAAUGUGUAAUUCAACUGCUCAAUAAAAACACUCCACAGUUCUUUCAUUCUCCCAGAUAAUGUGAAUGACCAGUGGCAAGAAAUAGAAAUGCUUGCUCCCUCUUUAUCCUGAAUCACUCUUCUCUGGUCAGACGGAAGCAAUGAAACUUCAGCUUCUGAAGUUGUCCUCCGUGUCUGUACCAGCUGCUCUGCUGAGGACGAGGCGCUUGGCUGGUGUGUGUGCGCCUGUUACUGCUGCCACUCUGCAGGGUCUUCUCUGUGGGAGAGGUACUGUGAACAACCCUUGCCCUGCUGGGCCUGGCAGAGCCCCUUUGCGUGCAGUCAUACAGAGAGGGAAGAGAAACAGCAUAACAGCACGGGCAGACCUUGCACACAGGCACUUUAUUAUCAGCUGCCUUGCCAUGGCUGGGAUAGCMCCUACCUCUGGGCCUGCAAGGUUUCCUGCACCAGAUUCAUGCCUGCAAGUAGAUAGGAGCACAGCUGAGGCUGCUCCUAUGCGCACUUUCCCUCGCAAGAUUUGUUAAGAAAACACCCCCCAAGGAAGCUGGCUGGCUUUGCUCGUGUGCCUGGUUCCUUGCACGGCGGCUGCUGUGCUCCAGGCUCUCCCUCAGAGCUGCGCCGUGGCCUGGCACAUUGUCCUGUUACRAUCCACGCUGAGCUGUGCUUUGCAGAGCAAAGAAAUGCACGUGCUUUCAUAAUUAGCUACAAGAGGCAGGGUGCCUAAGUUGUGUUCUUUAUAGCAAGAGGACUUAUUUUUAUACUUGCACUUUUAGCUUCUGGUAAUCAUAGUUUCAAUAAUAUAAGGCUUCUUUUUAAGUAUCUUUUAGAAAUAGGUUAAUUUUCUCAAGGUUUCUCAAGGGCUUAUGGUAUGUCAGAAAAGAUGAAAACAGAUGGAAGCUGGCACCAUAUAAAUUUAGACCAACCUUCAAACAAGCUUUUACAUUUCACCCUCAAGUUGCCUUGGCUGGGCCCGUGGGUUGAGGCAAUACAGGUCCCCGACCACAGUCUGGACAGAAACCAAGGCAAGCCCUAAGUUUUCCUGACUCUUGCUACCAACGUGAACAAAUUGAAACCAUCGAAAGGAAACACACAGGUUAUCUUGACUGCAUUAUUAACUGGGGACCUGAUGCAAGCUUCUUCCAAGAAACCUUGGAUGGGAACUGCAUACCUGUGUGCAUGCAGGUCCUUCUGCAGAUGAAUAGGAGAUGCUUAUGUUCUGCUAACAAUACAUACUGAAGGACUUUAUUUGUUGAAGGUUCAAAAGAGGACUAAAGCAUAGAGUCUCCAAUUGCUAGGUCAAAAGGAAGGAACUGGCAAGAGACUUAGUACCCUUGAGCUCAGAGGAGACUGGGACUUAAGUGGACAAACCUUACCAACCUUUUCAAGCCUUGAUAUAACCUUGAAGCUGGUUGUGCAUCUGCUGUUUAGAGUCAUUUGAGCUUUGUACUCU